ACAUCAAAGCCAGCGGUAGUCCCAAGCUCGUCAAAGCCCGUGCUCGCACCCAGUACGACCCCAGUGCCAUCCACCGGCGGCCGCAUCACAGGAACCGCGCAGGCCUACCUCUCCAUCGGCCUUGCCUACCAGGCCGCCAUCCUCUACCACCACAACGCUGCCCGCGCAAACCACGGCGCCCCGCCGCUCAUCUGGGACUCAUCCUGCGAGGCCAACGCCCGCGCCGCCGCGAAUACUUGCACCUACGCGCGCUACGUGCCCGCCGGAGUAAGCCAGGGCCAGAACCGCUACCUCUCCACGUCCGACGGCUUCAACGUUACCGCAGCCAUCACCGAAUCAUGGUACAAGAACCAGUUCUCGUCUGUCGCGCCUUGGUUUGGAAUCGCCACCCUGCCCGUCUCGUUGCUUGCUAGCGUGGACCAGCUCACGCAGGUGCUGUGGAAGGGAACCUCGAGAGUGGGUUGUGCGUCUGUGGACUGCGGUACGAGGAUGAGCGGUGGAGGUGCGACGGCUGCGUCCAACAAAUACACGGUUUGUAACUAUGCUGCGGCAGGGAAUGUUGGCGGUCUGUUCGCGAUCAAUGUUGGCCGCCCGCUUUCGACUACCGCUCUGGGCAGGUGGACUGACUGA